UGUGCACCCCGGCUGGGCCCUACUCUCCCCGACCUGUGCUUGCUAAGGCUACCCAAACUUGGAGUUCAAAGAAGACUUUCUUGUUCCAUCUGCCUGGGUGGGGCCAGCUGGACGUCAGAAUGCGCGUGGCGGCCAUCUUGCUUCUGUUCUGCCUUUGCAGAACUGCUGAGCCUCGCAAGCCCAGCCCCGGGGCUUUGAGAAGCCAAGGCCAUGCCAGCCGCAGCCGCAGCAGCCGGGCAGGUGGCGGCAGGAGAGGCUCCAACCCAGUCAAACGCUACGCGCCAGGCCUUCCUUGCGAUGUGUACACAUAUCUCCACGAGAAAUACCUCGACUGCCAAGAAAGGAAACUAGUCUACGUGUUACCCGACUGGCCUCAGGAUUUGCUGCACAUGCUGCUAGCAAGAAACAAAAUCCGAGUGUUGAAGAACAACAUGUUUUCUAAGUUUAAAAGGCUCAAGAGCCUGGACCUCCAGCAGAACGAGAUCUCCAAAAUUGAGAGCGAGGCGUUCUUCGGUUUAAAUAAGCUUACCACGCUCUUGCUGCAGCACAACCAGAUCAAGGUGCUGACGGAGGAGGUGUUCAUUUACACACCUCUCCUGAGCUACCUGCGCCUUUACGACAACCCCUGGCACUGCGCUUGUGAGCUAGAGACACUCGUUUCCAUGCUGCAGAUUCCACGGAACCGGAAUUUGGGGAACUACGCCAAGUGCGGAAGCCCGCCAGCACUGAGAAAUAAAAAGUUGCUGCAGCUAAAGCCCCAAGAGCUAUGUGAUGAAGAGGAGAAGGAGCGACUGGACCCCAUACCCCAAGUAUCCGGGGUACCCGCAGUCAUCAGGCCGGAAGCAGACUCCACUCUGUGCCACAAUUACGUGUUUCCCAUACAAACGCUGGACUGCAAGAGGAAAGAGCUGAAGAAAGUCCCAAACAACAUCCCGCCAAACAUUGUUAAGCUGGACUUGUCAUACAACAAAAUCAGCCAGCUCCGGCCCAAGGAGUUUGAAGACGUUCACGAACUCAAGAAGUUAAAUCUGAGCAGCAAUGGCCUGGAGUUUAUAGACCCUGCUGCCUUUUUAGGGCUCAUACACCUAGAAGAGCUCGACUUGUCAAACAACAGCCUGCAGAGCUUUGACUACGGGGUGUUAGAGGAUCUGUACUUCCUGAAACUCCUAUGGCUCAGAGGCAACCCUUGGAGGUGUGACUACAGCAUCCACUACCUCUACUACUGGUUAAAGCACCACUACAACGUCCACUACAACGGUCUGGAAUGCAAAACGCCGGAGGAAUACAAAGGGUGGUCCGUGGGGAAGUACGUUCGGAGUUACUACGAAGAGUGCCCCAAAGACAAGCUGCCGGCCUACCCUGAGACGUUUGACCAGGACACGGAAGACGAUGAGUGGGAAAAAAUACACAGAGAUUACCCGGCCAAGAAGCAUAGAGUGAGAAUCACCAUAGUGGGAUAGAUAACCGUGGAACCGUUCCAGCCAGACCCAGCUGCACAGCGCUGUGCUGCGUGGGAAAACCGUCUGUUUACAUUUGGGUUAAUCGUGAUGCCUCUUUCCGGAGGGUUAUCCAGGAGCGUCCCCUGAUUCUUAGCUUGUGGCGAUUUGAAUGAUCUAGGGAGACCUGCUCAGCUGUGGGUCAGACUCCCGUUUCAGGAGCACACGGUGGGCCAGGACUGGUGGUAUAUGUCCACAACCCCAACAGUAAAGCUGAGGCAGGAGGAUCACGAUGCCAACCUGGGCUACGAAGCCAGAAGCAGUCUCAAAAUAGCCAAUCUAUUCCACACUGGUGACUCGAGGGAGUUGGUUCUUAAUGAUGGCAUUAGAAUUUUAUAGUGUCUUGUAUAUGUUUUUAAUGGCUUUUUGAAAUAAAAGUUAAAAAAAAAAAA